GGACCGCAACCCCCUCCGAGUCGCGCGCGAGGCGUGAGGCGGUGCUGAGGAUCUGUGGCCGCGGGCGGGCAGCUUGACGUCGGGACUGUCCAGCGAGCGAGAGAGCGCGGCGGGAGCCCGCAGCCACAACAGCCCCGGAGCCACAGCCAACAGCCGCAGUCCGCGGAGCCCAGCCGGCCAUGGCGCUGUCGAUGCCCCUGAACGGGUUGAAGGAGGAGGACAAAGAGCCCCUCAUCGAGCUCUUCGUCAAGGCUGGCAGUGAUGGCGAGAGCAUCGGCAACUGCCCCUUCUCACAGAGGCUCUUCAUGAUCCUUUGGCUCAAAGGAGUUGUGUUUAGCGUCACAACCGUCGACCUGAAAAGGAAGCCUGCAGAUCUGCAGAACUUGGCUCCCGGGACCCACCCACCGUUUAUAACCUUCAACAGCGAGGUCAAAACGGAUGUAAAUAAGAUUGAGGAAUUUCUUGAAGAAGUCUUGUGCCCCCCCAAGUACUUAAAGCUGUCACCAAAACACCCAGAGUCAAACACUGCCGGAAUGGACAUCUUUGCCAAAUUCUCUGCUUACAUCAAGAACUCGAGGCCAGAGGCUAACGAAGCACUGGAGAGGGGGCUCCUGAAGACACUGCAGAAACUGGAUGAGUAUCUGAACUCUCCCCUUCCUGAUGAGAUUGACGAGAACAGCAUGGAGGACAUCAAGCUCUCCACCAGGAGAUUCCUGGACGGCGACGAGAUGACACUAGCGGACUGCAACCUGCUGCCCAAGCUGCACAUCGUCAAGGUGGUGGCCAAAAAAUACCGCAACUUCGAUAUCCCCAAAGAAAUGACGGGCAUCUGGAGGUACCUGACAAAUGCCUACAGCAGGGAUGAGUUCACCAACACCUGUCCCAGCGACAAGGAGGUGGAAAUCGCUUACAGUGAUGUCGCCAAGAGACUUGCCAAGUAGACAGCACUUUUGAGAGAGAUGCUUCAGAUUCCCCCCAAAUACGCUUUCCUAACAGACUGCUCUGCCUCCUCUAAAGUAGAAAUGUAUUUUGCAUGAACAUGCAGUUACUCAAGACUAGGAUUAAAGCUAGACAAAGUGUAGUAGCUAUCUCCAGUACACACUCCUAAGCAGUAUUAUUCUAAAGUCCUCUGCCCAGCCCACCUGCCCUGCCCGUCGGAGGUACUCCGCCACAAGCUCGUCACAUGAGAGGCAGUUUGCCAUCCGUCUGGAGUCCCGACCUUCCUGUCCAUUCACUGCGUGUAGAUGACAGAAUUUGAGGUGCAAUGUUCAACCAUUAGAAUAGUAGCCAUGACGACAGUGGCCCCCACACUGGUGUAUAAUGCAUGGUACAAAGAAUAUUUAUGUACGGGUGAGAGUUGUAAUACUGAAGAGCGAAUAUGGAAGGAUUGCUGCUGUGUUGGACACACUGUCUCAGUGUAGGCUGUGCUGGAGUGUGCUCGAGGGCCUUGCUGUCUGGGAAGACCACCUACCGCAGAGAGAUUGCUGUUUCUUGGCAAUCUCUAAAUUGUGUCAUUUGUAUAAAUUGUAACAUCUGAUACUGUGUAGAAACUGAGAGACUGAGUGCUGGGAAGGCAUUCUAGAUGAUAAGAUGGGUGGGUUCUCUCUUACCUUAUCUGCUCUGUGGGUUUCACCCAGGACCAUGCUUAUAUUUGCAGCAGUAUUGCUGCCUCUGUUGUUAACAGGUUCUCGUUCUCUCUCUCUCUCUCUCUCUCUCUCUCUCUCUCUCUCUCUCUCUCUCUCUCUCUCUCUCUCUCUCCUUCCCUCCCUCCCUCCCUCCCUCCCUCCCUCCCUCCCUCCCUCCCUCCCUCCCUCCCUCUCUCUCUCUUUCCCCUCCCCCUCAGAAGUUCACCGGGUUCAGGGUGAGCUUAUUGAAGUCAAGUACAGUUAACUCCUAAAGCAGGGUCUCUGGGAACGGCCCAUCUUCAACUCCCAUGAAGCACAGGUCACAUGUUCCCAUCCCACCUUCAUUUGCAUUAGACCAAGUGGGAGGUCCUUCUUGGGAUACAUUGUGGUUGUCAUAGUUAGUGUGGAUUUCCCACAGUUGUGCCUAAUGUCACUUGCCACACCAAGGAAUAGCACUCUGUUCUUUUCUUGCCCUUUGUUCUGAGAUGAGAUGUUUCUCUGAAGCCCUGGUUGGCCUGGGACUUGAGAGGUGAACGAGUUGGCCUCAAAGUUGUGGCAAUCCUCCUGCAUUUUCCUCCCGAAUGCUGGGAUUAUGAGCCUGCAUCAUCAUGUCUGGCUUGUUUUGUUUUCUCAUUUUUUAAACAAAGUCUAAGAUGAAAGUUAUUUGUAGUCUAACAAAGGAGAAUGAGUUUGGAAAAAGAGAUUUGCUGUGGGUCCUCGUCCCAUCCAAAGUGGACUUUCUACAUAGUACCCCAGAGCCUGGUUGCGACUCUAUUAUAUUUUUGGUGAUUUUUUUUUUAAUGUAACUUGUUGAAGAAGUGCUGUUUCUUGCAGACUUUCCCUCCCACAGUGCACUGCUUUAAGGUGGCCUGCUUUCCCCUUUGGUGUGCAGACAGUAAAUAAAUAAAAGUCGGCUCUG